AUGGCUUUGUGUUUUUCGCUAGCAAAUAUUACCUGUCAUGAGACUGAUUUUCACUGUAAUGAUGGGCAGUGUAUACCUAGUAAAUGGCAGUGUAAUGGCAAUUCUGACUGUGACGAUGGAUCAGACGAGGCUCCAGAAAUCUGUCAUUUGAAAACCUGCCGGAUGGGUGAAAUCAGUUGUGACAAUGACUCCCUUCAGUGUAUUCCUGUUGAUUGGAAAUGUGAUGGUGAAAGAGACUGCAGUUCAGGCAGAGAUGAAGAGAACUGUGGCCACCUUGCAUGCAGUCAGAAAGAAUUUACCUGCUCCAGUGGAAAAUGUGUUUCCAUACUAUUUGUCUGCAAUGGUGAAGAUGAUUGUGGUGAUGGAAGUGAUGAAAGAGGCUGUGUUCCAUCUCGUUGUGGCCCACAUGAGUUUCAGUGCAAUAGUUCUGAAUGUAUUCCCUCGCGUUGGGUAUGUGAUACCAAUGCUGACUGCAAUGACCAGUCUGAUGAAUCGCCUGAACACUGUGGUUAUAUCGUCCUUCCCCCUGUGACGUGUCCUCCUGGUGAAUUCCGGUGUGACUCUGGUGAAUGCAUUCACAGUAAGUGGCACUGUGAUGGUGAUACAGACUGCAAAGAUGGAAGUGAUGAAAUCCACUGUGCCCCGCUAACAUGUGGACCAGAUGAUUUCAGCUGUGGUACAGGUGGCUGUGUACCUGGAACUAAAAUGUGUGAUGGCUUUAAAGACUGUAUUGAUGGCAGUGAUGAAGCCAACUGCAAGAUUGAUUGCACUGGCCCAAAUGACUUCAGAUGUCAAAGUGGAGAAUGCAUAGAUAUGUCUCGAGUUUGUAAUAAACAUCAAGAUUGCAGGGACUGGAGUGAUGAACCUCCUAAAGGAUGUAAUAUAAAUGAAUGUUUAAUGAACAAUGGAGGUUGUUCUCAUACCUGCAUAGAUCUCUUCAUUGGGUACAAAUGUGGAUGCCCUGUGGGCUUUAGACUGUUUGCAAGGGACUGCAUAGACAUUGAUGAAUGUCAAACUCCUGCAACAUGCAGUCAAAUUUGCAUUAAUUUGGAAGGAAGUUACAAAUGUGAAUGUCAUCAAGGAUAUCGAAUGGAUCCAGCCACUGGGAUUUGCAAAGCAGUUGGGAACGAGCCUUAUUUAAUCUUCGCGACUCACCAUGACAUCCGGAAGCUGGGUCUACGUCACCAGAAGUAUGCAGAGUUGGCAGUGCAGCUGAGAAAUGCUGUAGCACUGGAUGCUGACAUUGCAGAACAGAUUAUCUUCUGGGCUGACUUGGAUCAGAAGGCUAUCUUCAGUGCACCCAUCAAUACAUGGAAAAGUGGAGCUGGUGUUUCUUUGGUGGUCAGGAAUAUCGACACCCCCAUGGGGAUUGCUGUGGACUGGGUUUACAAGCAUCUCUUCUGGACUGACCGUGGUACAAAAACAAUAUCUGCAGCUACUUUUAAUGGGAGCAAAAGACUAACCCUCUUCGAUACUGACCUGAAGGAGCCAAGUUCUAUUGCAGUUGAUCCGCUAUCAGGGUUUGUUUACUGGUCAGACUGUGGUGAACCAGCAAAGAUAGAAAAAUCAGGAAUGAAUGGUGGUGAUCGCCAACCUCUGGUUACCAAAGAGAUUCAUUGGCCUAAUAGCAUUGCACUUGAUCUUGUGAAAAGCCGUGUUUACUGGGUUGAUUCCAAGCUGCACACAUUGUCCAGCAUUGAUCUGCGUGGUCAGGAUAGAAUCACAGUGCUGCAUUCGCGGGAAUUUCUUGCUCAUCCUUUGGCACUUUCUGUAUUUCAGGAUAAUGUCUUUUGGAUUGAUAGGAAGAAUGAAGCCAUCUAUGAAGCUAACAAGUUCAAUGGACAAGACCUUGUAACGGUGAUCUCUAAGCUGAAUAGACCUCAAGAUCUUAUUGUUUAUCAUGAUUCAAUGCAGCCAUCAGGACGAAACUGGUGCAAGGUGGAUUCAAAGAGCAGAACUUGUGAAUACCUGUGUAUGCCUGCACCUCAAAUUAGAGUUUAUUCAGAAAAAUCUACCUGUGUGUGUCCUUCUAGCAUGAUACUGGUAGAUGGACAUUACUGUGGAAGAGCUAUUGUGACUUGCACCUCAUCUGACUUUGUAUGCCUCAGUGGACAAUGUGUGCCUAACAGAUGGCAAUGUGAUGGUAAAGCUGAUUGUGAGGAUGGAUCUGAUGAAAAUUCAGAGGUCUGCCACAAAGAGAUUUGCCAAAUCCAUGAAACCAGCUGUGGCCCUGGAUCUCAUCAAUGCAUUCCUCUUUCUUGGAAAUGCGAUGGAAAAAAGGAUUGUGGUAAUGGCAAUGAUGAGGAGAAUUGUGGUAUUCUUUCUUGCAGUCCAACAGAAUUUAUCUGCUCCGGUGGCCGAUGCAUAUCCAAAGCUUUUGUAUGUAAUGGUGAUGAUGACUGUGGUGAUGGAAGUGAUGAGAAAGGUUGUGCUCCACUUUCCUGUGGCUCACAUGAAUUUCGCUGCAAUAGUUCAGAAUGCAUCCCAUUGAGUUGGGUAUGUGAUGGCAAUGCUGAUUGUGUUGAUCAGUCUGACGAAUCCCUGGGUCGGUGUGAACACAUCCAUCCUCCUCUGACUUGCUCUCUGAGUGAAAUUAAAUGUGGUUCAGGUGAAUGCAUCCAUACUCAUUGGAUCUGUGAUGGAGAUACCGACUGCAAGGAUGGAAGUGAUGAAAUUAAUUGCCCUCCUCGUACGUGUCGACCAAAUCACUUCAGAUGUGGUGAUGGUGUCUGCAUUCAGAAUCGCAGGAGAUGUAACGGACAGAGGGACUGCCCUGAUGGCAGUGAUGAAUCUGGCUGUCAAAGUGCUGCAGAGUGCACAGGACCCAACGACUUCAUAUGUGGAAGUGGAGAAUGUAUUAAUAUAACAAAAGUGUGCAAUCAACAUCAGGACUGCUUGGAUCGGAGCGAUGAGCCUACCAAAGAAUGUAAUGUAAAUGAAUGCCUGGUGAACAAAGGUGGCUGUUCUCACAUCUGCAAGGAUCUGGUCAUUGGCUAUGAAUGUGAUUGUCCUGUAGGUUUCAAAUUAAACAAGACAACCUGCAUUGAUGUUGAUGAAUGUGAAGAUCCUGGAAUCUGCAGUCAACAGUGCAUCAAUUUGGAGGGCAGCUUUGUGUGUGAAUGCCAAAGUGGAUAUCGUACUGAUCCAGUCAAUGGAACUUGCAAAGCUGUAGGUGAACAACCUUACUUGGUCUUCACCAAUCGCCAUGAAAUCAGGAUGCUGGGAUUGCGUCACAAAGAGUAUAGACAGGUGCUUGCCCACCUGAGAAACGCUGUGGCACUCGAUGCUGAUGUUGCAGAGAAGAGAAUCUUCUGGGCUGACUUGGGAGAGCAAGCAAUCUUUAGUAUGCUAAUGGAUGGCCACAAAGGAAAAGCUGACUCUUCCAGAAUUGUAAACAACAUUCGUAUUCAUGUGAGGAUUGCAGUGGACUGGAUUUAUAACAACAUAUACUGGACAGACAUGGGUGCUAGAACCAUUUCUGUGGCAAGCUUUGAUGGAAAAAGAAUGAAGACUCUGUUUGACAGCAACUUGAGGGAGCCAGCCUCUGUAGCAGUUGAUCCACUAUCUGGGUAUAUGUAUUGGGCAGACCGGGGUGAACCAGCAGUAAUUGAAAAAGCAGGAAUGAAUGGUAUUGAUCGCAAACUCCUUGUGACCAGAGGCAUUCAGUGGCCAAAUGCCAUUGCAAUUGAUCGUGUGAAAAAUCGACUUUAUUGGGUUGACUCAAAGCUGCACACAUUGUCAAGUGUGAACAUGGUUGGAGAGGAUAGAAGAACUGUGCUUUCUUCACAUGAAUAUCUUGCUCAUCCUUUUGGUGUAUCCAUGUUUGAGGAUGAUAUCUUCUGGACCGACUGGGAGCAUAAUGCUGUAUAUGGAGCUGACAAAUUCACAGGCGAGCAUCUGGUGACUUUAGUCUCCGACUUGAAGGAGGCUCAGGAUAUCAUUGCCUAUCAUGAACUAGCACAACCAUCAGGCAAAGAUUGGUGUAAUGAAAACUUGAAGAAUGGAGGAUGCAAAUACAUGUGUCUACCAGCUCCUCGGAUAAACAGUCGCUCUCCAAAGUACACUUGUGUGUGCCCAUUUGGGAUGGAGUUGCAGAAUGAUGGACAACUCUGCAGAACAGCCAAAGCACAUUGUGCUGCAACAGAAUUCCAAUGUCAAGAUGGGCAAUGUAUACCACGUAGAUGGCAGUGUGAUGGUAAAGCUGAUUGUCGUGAUGGAUCUGAUGAAAGUCAUGAAGAUUGUUAUCUGAGAAAUUGUCCCACUAAUGAAAUUAAAUGUGGCCCUGGUUCCCUUCAAUGUAUUCCGGCUUCCUGGAAAUGCAAUGGACUAGUAGACUGCGAUGAUGGUAGUGAUGAAGAAAACUGUGGACUUAUUACUUGCAGCUCGGGGGAGUUUACUUGCUUGAAUAGCAGAUGUGUCUCAGAGGUGUUUUUAUGCAAUGGUGAAGAUGACUGUGGUGAUGGAAGUGAUGAAAGAGACUGUACUCCACCAAUAUGCAGCCCACAUGAGUUUCAAUGCCUUAAUUCUUCGGAGUGUAUAUCCUCGAGUUGGAUAUGUGACCAGAGUGUUGAUUGUAUUGACCAGUCUGACGAAUCUCCAGCUACCUGUGGUAUUACAGCAGCUCCAGUUGUCACCUGUCCUCCAAAUGAACUCCAGUGUGGUUCGGGUGAAUGUAUCCAUUCACAAUGGUACUGUGAUGGGGAUACUGACUGCAAGGAUGGAAGUGAUGAAGCAAGCUGCCCUCCUCGAACAUGUCGACCAGAUCACUUUGUGUGCAACGAUGGUGAAUGUAUCGCUGGAAAUAAUGAAUGUAACGGAAUUGCUGAUUGUGCUGAUGGUAGUGAUGAACUCAACUGUAAAAGUAUGGAAUGCAUGGGAUCACUGGACUUCAAGUGUCAGAGUGGUGAAUGCAUAAAUAUUGUGAAAGUCUGUGAUCAACAGCAGGAUUGCAAAGACUGGAGUGAUGAACUCCAGGGAAAAUGUUAUGUGAAUGAAUGCUUGUCAAAUAAUGGAGGGUGUUCUCACAUCUGUCAGGACCUUGUCAUUGGCUAUGAAUGUGACUGCCCUGCUGGUUUCAGAUUGGUUAAUAACACAUGUGAAGAUAUCAACGAAUGUAAAAGUCCUGAAACAUGCAGUCAACUUUGCAUUAACUCGGAAGGAAGCUACAAGUGUGAGUGUCAUAAAGGAUAUCACAUGGAUUCAACUGAUUGGGUUUGCAAGUCAAUGGGGACAGAGCCUUUCCUGAUCUUCACUAAUCGAUAUGAUAUCCGGAAGCUCGGACUACAUCACCAGGAUUACACCCCACUACCUCUGCAUCCAAAAAAUGCCAUGGCACUGGACGCAGAUGUGGCAGAGCAGAGAAUAUUUUGGGCUGACCUGGCACAACAAACAAUUUUCAGUGUGACCUUUGAUAAAUGGGAACACCCAACGCUGGCCUCCAGAAUCAAGGUUCCAGGCUUCCCUGCAGGAAUUGCAGUAGAUUGGAUCUACAAGCAUAUCUAUUGGACUGAUCGAGGUGAAAGGACAAUAUCUGUGGCCACUUUUGAUGGAACCAAAAGGAAGGUUCUUUUUGACACAGACUUGCGGGAGCCAUCAUCUAUAGCAGUUGAUCCAAUAACUGGGUUUGUUUACUGGUCGGACUGUGGUGUACCGGCCCUCAUUGAAAAAGCAGGAAUGAAUGGUGCUGACCGCCAACAAGUUGUUAGCAGAGAGAUUGAGUAUCCAACUGGCAUUACACUUGAUCUUGUAAAAAGUCGCUUGUAUUGGGUUGAUUCAAAGAUGCACAUGUUAUCAAGUGUAGACCUAAACGGUCAGGAUAGAAGAACAGUGCUGUGGUCACUGGAAUUCCUCCUUCAUCCUUCUGCAGUUGCUGCAUUUGAGGAUACUGUCUUCUGGACUGAUGAGGGGACCAAAGCAGUUCAUGAAAUUGAUAAAUAUGGAGGAAAUGAUGUGGUAGUAUUGGCCUCCAACCUUCAUGAACCUCGGGACAUUAUAGUUUACAAUGAACUAUUACAACCACUUGGUAAAAAUUGGUGUGGCAAAAAUAGGAAUGGGGGCUGCGAAUUCAUGUGCCUGCCUUCCUCAUUGUCUAACACAAAGUCGUUGAAAUAUACCUGUGUGUGUCCACUUGGAGAGGAGCUGGAGCCAAAUGGGCAGCGGUGUGGAAUGGCAAAGCAAUAUAAAAGUGUUGCAGAAACAACAAUCUUGGUGUCUACCUUAACCUCUACUUCUAAACAACUGCCUUCUAACUUUCAUACAACAAUUACAUUAACUGAAGGUAAAAAUUCAAGUGUUACCCUUGAUGAAGACCACAAACCCAUGAAUGGCUCUAAAAUUGGUUGGAUUGCACUUGCUAUUAUGCUUGUGACUAUGUUUGUUGCAGCUGGCUACAUUAAAUGGCAGGAGUGGCAAAGGAAGACUCAGCAAAGCAUUAAUUUUGAGAAUCCAGCCUUUCAACGUGAUUGAUUGCACAAGGCAAAUAAAAACAAUUUUUUUACAUGUUUU